ACUCCACAAUGACCUCACUGUAUGUGGGUGAUCUGCAGCCUGAUGUCACCGAGAUGAUGUUGGUGGAGAUGGUGAGCCGUGCAGGACCCGUUCACUCUGUCCACAUGUGCAGGGACAAGAAGACCUUCUCCUCACGCGGCGACACUUUCGCCAACUUUCUGCAUCGAGCUGAUGCUGAGCGAGCGCUGGAAAGCGUCCCAGCUGUUGAGACAGCUGCAGUUGGGGACAGCAGUCCAGUUGUGGUUCCAGUUUCAGCUGCAAAAGAACUUCCAGCUACAACUGAUGCAGUGCCUCCUACAGCUGUGUCACCUGUGAGUGAAGUUCAGCCAGACAAGGACGCAACAGAUGGACCCACAUCACCAUCUGCUGGGAAAAGGCUGACCAUCUACAUGUUGGAAUCAUGUCCUGUAGAUGAACAAGUCCAGAUGGCGCGCGAGUUUCACACUCAUACACGCAUAAAAAACACACACCAACAUCUGGCUCAUACACACUCCUGCUCUGCAGCUCAGCAUGAUCACUUGUUGCCUCUUGUUGAGAAAAUCCACCCGAACUUGGCAAAUAAGAUCACCUGGAUGCUUGCAGGGAACCAGAACAAUUAUGAAAUCAUGAAUAUGAUCAGCGAUCCUGAACUCCUGUAUGCCAAAGUGGAUGAAAUGGACGCGAUCCUGAAGGCGAGGGAAGCUGGUCUCAAGCUGGAAGCCAUCAAGAUGCUGUUCGGUGACGAGAACAAGAAAAGAAGGAAGAAGAAGAAUAGAUUUUAA